AUUCCGGAAGUGUUUAGAUACAUUUUAGCAGGUUGACACAGCAGCGCGCGUUUGCAGAGCGUUCUUUUCUGAUUCUGUUUCGCGCGGAUUAUGAGACCGCGCGACGAAGAGUCACCGUGAAUCAUCUAUAUGGGCCAUCUUCUCUCAAAGAAUGGUCACGGCCUGAAGAAGAAGACACGGAAGCUACGCAAGAAGAAGCGGAGGAGGAACUGCUUCCUUCAGGGUCCCUGCAUGCUGUGCUUCAUCGUACACGGCAACAGCGGGAGUGUUGAGGACGAUUGGCCCUUCGAGAGCAGCCGCGGCGGCUGUGCAGUGGCGGCGGCGUCUAAACUCGCCGAGCACUACGCUUCGUUGAACUCGUCCGAGGACUGCUCCAAGUUCCUUCUGUCUCCGGGAGAGCUUGCCAUUUUUGAGGGCCAGGGAAGAAGUCUGCUGUCCGCCGUGCCAGCCAAACUGAUCGGACCUCCGGCGCUGUUCUGCGCCGUCGUUCCAGCCGCAGACUACGUGGAAAUGGUGUGCAAGCGCAAGUGUGCUGAGCUGCAGCGGUGUACGCCCCGCAAGCAGCCGCGCUGUGCCUUCCAGGAGGCCAUGGAGAACGGAGAGGAGCGAGGAGACGCCGCCGUUUCGGACGACCAGUGCCUCCUGCCCCCACUCGGCACCCUGCCUUCAUCCUCCUCGUCAUCCUCUCCAUCGGAGGAUGACAGCUGUGGUGCGGGGCGACGGAUGGAUGAGGGCAGCGCAGCCACCUCAGCGAGCUCCUCCUCUUGCUUUUGUGGGCUGUCCCAGAAUGACUGCUCGCAGGAAGGAAAGAGUGUUGAAAAUACGGACACAUCCCACAUUAACCAACUGCCCUCUUCCAUACUGCUCAAGGUGUUUUCUCACCUGUCAGUGAAGGAGCGAUGUCUGGGAGCAUCUCUGGUGUGUAAGUACUGGCGUGACCUCUGCUUAGAUUUCCAAUUCUGGAAACAGAUCGACUUCAGCGGCCUCCAGCAGGUUAAAGACGAUCUCCUGGUGAAGAUUGCAUCGAGGAGACAGAACGUCACUGAGAUCAACAUCUCUGACUGUCGAAAUGUUCAGGAUCACGGCGUUUUUUCUCUGGCUUCUAACUGUCCGGGCCUGAUUAAAUACACAGCGUACCGCUGUAAACAGCUCAGCGAUGUGUCGCUCUGUACGGUGGCUCUUCACUGCCCGCUUUUGCAGAAAGUUCACGUCGGCAACCAGGACAAACUCACAGAUCACGCUCUAAAACUGUUGGGUGAACAUUGUAAAGAACUGAAGGACGUGCAUUUCGGCCAGUGCUACAGCAUCAGUGAUGACGGUCUGGUGGCACUGGCGCAGGGCUGCACCAAACUACAGAGAAUUUACAUGCAGGAGAACAAACUGGUAACGGAUACAUCCGUGCAGGCGUUUGCAGAAAACUGUCCCGAGCUGCAGUUUGUGGGCUUCAUGGGCUGUUCAGUGACGUCACAGGGGGUCAUUCACCUCACCAGGCUUCAGCAUCUCAGCAGUCUGGAUCUGCGGCACAUCUCUGAACUCAACAACGAGACCGUGAUGGAGGUGGUGAGAAAGUGUCGGAACCUGAUGUCCCUGAACCUCUGCCUCAACUGGACCAUCAACGACAGAUGUGUGGAGAUCAUUGCUAAAGAGGGCCGGAGUUUGAAGGAGCUGUAUUUGGUUUCCUGCAAAAUCACAGACCACGCGCUGAUUGCCAUUGGUCAGUACAGCAGCACUAUAGAGACGGUGGACGCGGGCUGGUGUAAGGAGAUAACAGACCAGGGUGCCACACAGAUCGCCAAGAGCAGCAAAUCUCUGCGUUACCUGGGACUGAUGCGCUGUGAUAAGGUGAACGAGGAGACCGUGGAGAGACUGGUUCUGCAGUAUCCUCACAUUGUGUUCAGUACAGUGAUGCAGGACUGUAAGAGGACGCUGGAGAGAGCCUAUCAGAUGGGCUGGAGCCCCAACACGUCCACUGCAUCCUAACACACACAAACAUACAUGGCUGCAGAAUCAUUAACCUUUAUUUUACUUUCUUUUAAGAAACACCAUUAUGCAGCAGAAACAUCAAUAUAGUGCUGAAGUCGUUUGAAAUGAACAUGUAUUUACACUAGUCGUGAACAUUUAGGAGUUAUUCUGAUGUAACAUGCAGCAGUGCAUUUAUCUAUAGAACAUUUAUAACAUAUUGAGUGAAUCACAUGAAACCUGUCGAGAACAUGUCCAGAUCAUAUUUCACCCCAAAAACAGAAGAAUGAAAUAAGAAAUUAUAUUUUGCAUCAAUAAAAUGAAGCCUAUUGUUAGUAACAUUAGCAAUUAAACUUAUUUUCCUCUCAAAUUCUCAUUACCAGAAUGCAUCCGGGAGUUUUACUUUUAAGUUUUGCAUUUUGAUUUUGUGUCAAUAAAAUUAAUUCUAUAGCUAGUAACAUAAAAAAAUUGUUUGUUUUGUUUUUUGCAUUUUGGCAUUAUUUUCAUGACAAUUAAGCACAAUUCCUCACAAAUUCAUAAUUUCCGCAAUGUGUUCUGACGUUUUCCUUUUUUAAUUUGAACAUACAUACAUAUAUAUAUAUAUAUUGCAUUACCAAAAUUAAGCCUAUUGUUAGUAACAUUUUGUAACAUAUUGUUAGGCAAUUAAAAUAUUUUUAUUAAAUUUGAAUUACAGAACUAAAUACUAAAAUGAUGUCUAAAUAGUUUACAUAAUAUCUCUCUUUUUAAAAAGUUUUUUUUUUUUUUUUUUUUUUAAUCUCUGUGUCCUAAAAAUCUGAUUCAUUUUCAUUAAACAGAUUGUAAUAUCUUAUUUCAUCCCUUUGAUUUUAGGUUGAAACAUGGCCUGAACAUGUUCAUAUUUUUCGUGACAUUCACUUCUUUAGUCAGUUUGGUUUGUUAUUAUGCAGAAGAAACAUCAAUAAAGUGGUGGAGCCAUUUGAAAUGAACAUGUAUUUACAGUAGGAGUUAUACAGGAGUCAUUCUGAUUUAACAUGCAGCAGUGCAUUUAUUACGAUUUUUUUUGCAAUGUGACGUUAUUUUCAUGGCAAAAGCAUUUCAUUCUCAUUACUGUAAUGCAUCGGUCCCCAAACCACUAGCAUGAUGUUUAAAUACUUUAGAGUUUAAAUAAUACAUCAUUAUUUUUUGGCAUACAAUAAUGAAAAUUCUGGUCCUAAAAAUCGGCUUCAUUUUCUUAUUUCUUGCUUUAGACAUGUUUUAUGUGAUUCAUCCCUUUAGACAUCGGUUUAGUUUGUUAAUAGUUUGGUCUUUGUUCAGUUAAAUACAAUGCACUUUCAUUAGAAGUUUCUCUCUCUCUCUCUGAAGAAUGACAUAAAAAAUACUCAAAAUGACUGUUUGAAGAAAAUGUUUAGACUGUUUGCUGAUUGGCCAUGAAACUCUCUGGCAUGUUGAGUUUAACAUUUGGAGACUGUGUUAAGAGUGAGUUAGACUCUAAAUAUUUCUGUGUAAAUGCUCGAGUCUUGCGAGAGUAAAUGUUUUGAAGAAUGUGAUCAUGACUCAAUCAGCACCGAUCAGAGCGUAUAUGUGUCACAGUAUGUGUAUGCGAUAUAGAUAUGUAAUGCCUUCUGUUGUUGAUUUCGUUUGAAGAUAACGUUGUUUAUUUUCGUGAUACUGUAACCAGUGGUUUGGAGUUGGUUUUGGAUGUUUAAUGAUGAUGUAGGAUUGUUUUGUUUUGUUUAUUUUAAGGAAACUCAUAUACACCAUAUGGAAUUCUGCAUAACCUCUGAAUAUUUGAUGAUGCCGGGCUGUGAUGUAUUCGCCUGGAAUGUAACCAAUGAGAGCAGUUUGAAGUAGAGCAGUUAGUUACUGUACUCAUCUACCCGUCUUCUGUUCCACAACUUGCCUGUGAUGUUUUCUCGUUCAGACGACCAGGGUAUUUUUCUAUGCUAUAUAAUAGCUGAUGCCUGUAAUAGCGCUCGCACUGUCACACGUGAAGGGAACGAAGACUUUAGUUACAGCAUUCUCUUUUACUGUUCUUGAAUCAAUUAAAAAACACAGUUAUACUUCA